AUGGAUCCUGCGGUGAUGCUGCGUGACCAGCCUGUACCCGCACGAGGAGGUCCUUGGAAAGAUAUCUGUCAGCUUCAAGUCUGUGAGCCGCGACUGAGAGAAAAGAUGAUAAGCGGGUUGUCUAUGGAGCUCGGGAACGGUAGAACGAUUCGAUUCUGGGAGGAUAGUUGGUUGCCUCAUGGGACGUUGAAAGAUAAGUUUCCUAGGCUCUUCUCGGUUUCAACCCUUACUGGCGCUGUCGUAGGGGAUUGUGGGUUUUGGGAUGGAUUGGACUGGAUUUGGAGUUUUCAGUGGAGGAGGGAGUUGUUUCAGUGGGAGCUGGAUCUGGCAGGACAACUUCAUGAGACAUUGCAGUCAGCCAAGCCUACAAAUGAAAGAGAGGAUACGAUGAUGCAAGCGGAAGUCUUUCCGGCUGAAAUUACAAGCUAUAGUUUCACGCGGGCCAUAUGGAAAGGGUUCGUCCCUCCAAGGAUUGAGCUCUUGUCUUGGUUUGUGCUGAUUGGAAGGGUGAAUACUAACGAUCGCCUGUGUAGAUUACAUGUUCUUGAUCAGAAUGACAAGCUGUGUGUGCUAUGCUCUAAGUCUGAGGAAACUGUGUUCCACUUGUUUCUUGGUUGUGAUAUCACAUGGCAGGUGUGGUGUGCUUGGCUGCAUGCGUUUGGAAGGAGUUGGUGCCCUCCCGGUAAUCUCAAGGACCACUUCGAAAGCUGGACAAACAUGGCAAUAUGGAGGGUUGAGAGAAAGAGGUGGUUUCUUGGGUUCUUUGCUGUUGUCUAG